UCUCUCAGUACAACUCUAUUUGCUGUCUUCUUUGAUUCUGCAAAAAUUUCCAAAAUGGCCCUUUUAAUUUCAUUCUUAAUUGGGAUACAGCUGUUUCAUGCAGUGACUUCUGUUCCACUUCCUCUCUUCCUUUCCCCAUCAUGCAACUCUUUGGAGGUAACGACUGCUGCAGAAGUGGCCCUCAACAAACUCAAUGCAAAUCGGAGAGAAGGCUACGUUCUUGGUCUCCAGCGCAUUUUUGAUGCCCAAGAAGUUACUGAGGGUGAUGAGUCUGUUUUCAACCUUAUUUUGGAUGUGCUCGAAACCAAAUGCCAUGUCCGGAGCAGGAAAUCCUGGAAAGAGUGUGAGUUUAGACAUCUGCCUGAGACAGUCUUUGGCCAUUGCGAAAUAAUAAUUAAAUUGAACAGGAAAACAAAUGAAUCGUUGUUAUACAAAAGUGACUGCAUUUUACGCCCUCAUUCUGUAUCUGGUUGUCCUGACUGUCCACGACGCGGAAACACUUCUGAAGACAUUUUUCAACAAACAGCAAGAGAGAGCCUGGCUAAAUUCAAUGUUGAAAGUAACCACAAUCAUUAUUUUGCUGUUCUUGAGGUCACCAAAGCAAGUUCACAGUGGGUUUUUGGUCCUUCUUACUACGUAGAAUACACGAUCCAGGAGACUUCCUGUCACAAAAGUACACCUGUGUCUGACAUCACUCAAUGCCCUCUCCUCCCAACUGAAACUGCAGAGGCAGGUCUAUGCAAAGGCUCCGUAAUCAACAAACCAAUAAAAUUUGAAAAAACUGUCACUGUACAAUGCGAUUUCUUCCCACAUCCGCAAUCAGUUAAAGAUGGACAGACUUCACAAACACAGUCUGAAACACAGGAGCUACACCACCCUCAUGUUACUUUCACAGAAACGCCACCACAACAGAAGGAAGCAGUGGUACAGGUGAUCGAGUAUCAUCCUUCGAGCAACCAUGACGUGCCAGAAGUUCCUCCUUAUCCUAAAGGGCUUUCCGAAUCAGCUGAAUGCCCAGGAAAGGUUUUAAACGAGAUAUUUGGCCUUCAUCUGCCUUCACGGCAACAGGCUGAAACUUCCCAAACAAAGAGUGAUGUACAACACUGAAAGAUUAAUUCAGAGGAAGCCUCCCUCCCUUCUUCUGUCAUUCACUCACUCACUCACUCACUCAUUCACUCACUCGCUUACUUAUCACAAGAACAGCAACUAUUUUUCCGCUCAAGGAAAUAUUAAAUAUUGGUAUCAUACAAAGUGAAGAAAAUUUGGUAAAACAAAUUAGAGACCAGAGUCAAAUGCAUAUAAAAAGUUUGUAUAAUAUAUUGAUAGAAACAGACUUGGAAACAGAGUUAGUUAAGGAUUGUAUGAUAAAAUGGGCACAAAACUUUGAACAACCAAUAAUGAUGGAAACAUGGGAAAAGAUAUGGGUAAGAAAUGUAAAAUUUACACAAGCGCAAAAUUGGAGAGAAAACUUUUACAAAAUGUUUUAUAGAUGGCAUUUAGAUCCCAAAAAGUUAGCUUGUAUGUAUCCGAAUUUACAAUCUAAAUGUUGGAGAUGUGAUUGUGAUGACGCUACUUAUUUUCAUUUAUGGUGGACUUGUAAAAAGGUUAAAGCAUUCUGGAUAAAAAUUUGGUGGAUUAUUCAAAAUAUUCUUUAAAAGAGGAUAAAGUUUACUCCACAGUUAUUUUUGUUGGGCAUAAUCAUGGAUUGUACGGUUAUAGAGACUAAUUUGAUCCUGAAUUUAAUAACUGCAGCAAGAUUGUUGGUGGUGCAGUAUUGGAAGAAGGAAGAUUUGCCUACUACUCAAGAAUGGAUAUUAAAAGUAGCAAAUUUAGCAGAGAUGGCAAAGAUCUCAGCGUAUUUGAAGGACUAUUCAAAUGAGAAAUAUAUGAUAGAAUGGAGAAGAUGGAUAGAUUAUAUUCAAAAUAAAUACCGGACUAAAAAAUUUCAAAUAGCUUACGAAUAGAUAGAGAGAUGUUAUUAUGUAUUCAUUUUUAGUUUGGUAAAUGGGGAGUUAAAGUAUUAGAGAGAUGUAAGAGGUUAUAAUUAAUUAGACUAUGUUAGAUUAUGAUUGUUGAAUGUUAUACCCUGUAUUUUGCUCUGGGAAGUAGG